CUUUAAAUACCAUACCUUCAAACCACCACUUUUCCCACUUUCACUUCUCAAAAAAUAAAACAAAACAAAAUCCAAAAUAAUAAAAAAAAAAAAUGGCUUUCCACUCGCACGUGGCCGUACUCGCAUUCCCUUUCGGGACCCACGCAGCCCCACUCUUUGCCCUCGUGCGAAGGAUGGCAGCCUCCGCACGCGGAACCCUCUUCUCCUUUUUCACCAGUCCGACCUCCAACGUCGGGUUCUUCAACGGGCCCGACGAGCACGAAAACAUAUGCGUGCGCGACGUGUGGGAUGGGACACCAGAAAACGAGGUUUUCACAGGAAGUCAUUCCGAGGCGGUAGGCUUGUUCCUCAAGGCUUCGCCCGGGAAUUUCGAGAAGGCGGUAGAGAAGGCGGAGAGUGAAAGCGGUUUGAAAAUGGAGUGUUUGAUAACGGACGCGUUUUUGUGGUUCGGCGGUGACAUGGCAGAGGAAAGAUGUGUCCCGUGGGUGGCCUUCUGGACGGCCGCCUCGUGCUCGUUGUCCGCGCACGUCUACACGGACGAGAUUUUAAAGGUAGCAGGAUCGACAGAGGAGAAAACAGAGCAAGAACAGAGGCUAACCUUCAUCCCGGGACUCGAAAACGCUCGCCUAGCCGACCUCCCGCCCGAGAUUUUCCUCGACGUCGACAACCCGUCCCCCCUCGCCCUGACCAUCGGCAACAUGGUCCGGAACCUUCCGAAAUCUUCGGCGAUCGUCCUCAACUCCUUCGACGAGAUCGACCCGGCCAUCACCGCCGACCUCCGCCGCAAGUUCCGCCACUUCCUCAACGUGGGCCCCACCACUCUCCUCACGUCCCCCAACGACACCACCGCCGACCCCACCGAGUGCCUCCCGUGGCUUGACCAGUUCCGAGACACGCCCAAAUCGGUCGUCUACGUCAGCUUCGGCACGGUCGCCGUGCCUCCCGAGCCCGAGCUACGGGCUCUCGCGCGGGCCCUCGAGGCCCUCCGGGCCCCGUUCCUAUGGUCACUCAACGACGGGGCCAAAAACGCGCUUCCCGAGGGGUUCGUCGGGCGGACGGCGGGCGGGUUCGGGAGGAUCGUCCCGUGGGCCCCACAGCCGAGGGUUCUGGGGCACGGUAGCGUGGGGGCAUUCGUGACGCACUGCGGAUGGAACUCGAUACUCGAGAGCAUCGCGGGCCGAGUGCCGAUGGUGUGCCGCCCGUUUUUCGGGGACCAGAGGUUGAACGGGAGGAUGGUGGAGGACACGUGGAGGAUAGGGGUUGGGGUCCCGGGAGGGGUUUUCGGGGAGGACGGGAGUACGGCCGAGGUGUUGGGGCGCGUGUUGUCGGACGAGGGGAUGAGGGAGAAUGUGGGCCGGCUUAGGGAGAAGGCUUUGGAAGCGGUCGGGCCGGAUGGGAGCUCGAGUAGAAAUUUUGAGAAAUUGUUGGAGGUUAUCAGGAGUAGAGAACGGGAUUGAAGAUGGUUAUAGGAUUAAAGAAGUCGUUGUUAUUGUUUGAUUGCUGGAUAAUAAAUUAAUAAAAUUAAUAAAGAGAAGUUUACUAUUUUGGUAGAGAAAAUGUGAUAGUUGGCUGUUUAGUUAAUUUUACUCCGUGUUUUUGAAGAGGUACAAUGGUGGAAAAGGAAAAGUCGGUGAACAAAAA